UAUAAAACGCCUGAACAAACAUGGCGGAGCACAUAGUCGUGCAAGGCUCGUGGUGCUAGUAUGUGUACUGAACAGCAGAUAUUAUCGAUCGUGUGCAUUUCCCGAUUUUCCGUCAGGUAGACGACGAAAGUAUGCAUAGGUAAAACCUGGCACCAGAUCACAAGAGAGUGGACACAGUAGCUGUUUCAUGGCAUCUGGUACCCAUAAGUUGGGCAGAUGCAGAAAUAGGGUUAUGGGUUUGCCUAAAGGAGAGGAUCUGGUACAGCCAGCGGGGCGGCGACGUGGUCAGAGUGCCAACAAGUCGUCUCUGAGCGCAAAUGGGGAUUCAUCGAAAGCGCCUGUGAAGUGCGAAUCACAAGCAUUUGACAGCAACCUGCAAGAGGCUGAGUUGGCGGCAGAGGUCGGAUCUGAUAUGACCAACUCCACUCAAGGAACGGGUCAAGAUAAUUGUGAGAAAGGCAUACAAUCAGACAGCACUCUGCUGACGUCUGAAGGGUCCACAAAUGCAACGCCAACGAAGACCAAACGCAAAGCUCAUGCUUGGUCUACAGGCAAGCGCCGGAGGAAGCAACCAGCGGAGACCUCCCCCAAAACCCCCAAAGCUGCCCCAGCUACCCCGAAGGCCGCGGUAAAGAGACGGAGGUCGGCCCCACAGGCCACCAGUACGCCCAUGGGCAAGAUCGCAGCGCCACUGGAGGCCCCAUCAUCCCCAGGCACUCCGGAGCUGACGCUGGGCGGUCGGCCCAAGAGGAGAGCGGCCAAGGCCGCAAUUGAGUACCUUCACAGCCUGGUCAACAGCCUGAACGACACCCAUGCGGACUCCCAGAAGACAGACGAUGAAACGGACAGCGCUCCAAGCACAAAGACGAAGACGAAGACGCCAAAGAAAGCGGCGACGGGCCGAGGGAAAAAGAGGAAGGCCCCUGAGCCAGACAGCGACCCGGCCGAAGAUUCUGACUUUGUCCCCGAGGGAAAGGAGGAGGAUGAUGAUGAGGAGGAGGACAGCGAAGAAGUGGAGGACGAUGACCUGGAUAAGGAUUUUUCCUUGCAACGCGAGCCUCGCAAAAGGGGUGCAGGAUUUCUGAAAGAGUUCACUAAAAGAAGUCGACCUCCCCAGGUGGUGUAUGGCACUGCAAGCAAUGGCCUCCCCAAUAGGCUGAUGUCCCCUGUGUGGACUGCUUUCCCUGUCCACAAGGAAUUCCGUAAUGAUAACCUGCUACCGUGGGUCUUCCCUGAAUGGAUACCCUCGCUGAAGGACUGGCAGUUUCUGGCCACAAGUGAGGCUGAAGCAUAUCUACCUCAAGAGACGGAGUCUCCAGCUUUUAUGCUUUCACGAGAGCAACUGACUAAAGGAAAUACCCUUCAGCGACUGAAGAGAUUUGAGUCCAUGCCCUACCACGGUGAGCGUUGGGACGCCACCUUCUUUGUGGGUGGCCCUGUGUGGGCCAUGGAGUGGUGCCCCUGCCCCGACGGCUCCACUGGCAGCCAGUACGUGGCCAUGUACUGCAACAGAGACAUGGACAGCCGUCAUAAAGUGAAGAGCCUGCACACGGGGCCGGGCCUGCUGCAGAUUUGGGACCUGGGAGACCUGAACUACCGCACCAGGCCCUCCAGAGAGGCCCAGCUGUCCUACUGUCUCGCCCAGGAUGAGGGCUGUGUGUGGAGCCUGAAGUGGUGCCCCUCUGGGGCCUGGGAGCUGCCCUGCACAGCUCGGAAGAGCCCCCAGAUGCCCAGACUGGGUCUGCUGGCUGCUGGCUGCUCCAGCGGCAGGAUCGUCAUUUACAGCCUCCCACAUCCCGACGCCCUGCUGACGCACAGGAGAAGCCAAACAGACGGUGAAGCCAGCCAAGGGCCUCUGAUCUGUCGGGUGCAGCCGGUGCUGACCCUGUGUCUGGGCUCCAGCAGCAUCAGCGGACAGUGCCUCACCCUGGACUGGAUGCCGGUGAAACCACACAACCUGCUGGCGGCCGGCUUCUACGAUGGUAUGGUGGCGCUGUGGGAUCUGAGCACAAAGUCCUCUCUGCUCCGGGUUCGCGCUCCGGGCAAGUCUCCCUCUAUCCACCCAUUCCACAGCUUCCUGGCGCACGAUGAUGUGGUGCGGUCAGUCAGCUGGUGCAGAGCCUCUGGUGAUCACAUGGUGACAGCCGGAGACGACCGCAUGACCAAGAUGUGGGAUUUGCAGAGAACUCAUACACCCCUCUGUGCGUUCAAACGCUUCCUGACCACCGAGGCCAUCUGGCCCCUGCGCUGGUCCGGCGUGCUCAUGUCUCAGGAAUGUUCCUUCGCCACGCAUGGGCAGCAAGGGAUCCAUUUUGUGGACUCAGGGUUCGUUGGGUUCAAGCACUUAUUCGUGCUCCCGAGGAAAGCCACCCUUUGGAGCCUGUCCCUGUCAGAGUGGCUGAACAGCUGCGUGACGGCGGACAGCAUUGGCGAGAUGGUCAUGGUCCUGAUACCAACACUGGGCAUGACCGGCAUCAACCUCAAGAAGACCUCUGACCGCAGAUUUCCAGUGUACAGGGGCGAGAUGGUGCGCUUCAGUCCUGAGGCAGAGACAGAGAGGGGCGAGGAGGAUGGUGACGGCGGCGGUGGUGGUGUGAAAGACCCAGAGGCGGAACCCAAUACCUACCGAGAGGCGGUCAAGAAGUACCACAUCCACUUCCAUGACUCGGACAUGAGGAAUUUCAAAGGCGCCGCGAGCCGACCCAGCACCAAACUGAUGCGCAGCUCAGAGAUGAAGGGGGCCAUUAAGAUUGACCGAAUGCCACUCACUUCAAUACACAAGGUGCGCAUCAACCCUAACCUGGUUGCCAGUACGUGGGUGCUGUCUGCCGGGCAGUCGGGCCUGGUGCGCAUCCACUGCCUGCGCUGCCUGCAGGGCUCCAUCAUGGAGAAGCUUCAGCGGGAGAGCGAGGUCCAGUUCUCCGCCAUGUUCCCCUCUCAGGAAGACCCGGACGCCGCCACCACUGUCCAGAGCACCACAGAGGGCACCGUACUGGUCUCCUAGCGCCACGCUGAAGCAGCUACAGACAGACAGCUGCAAGCGCUGGUCACCACAGAGGCACGAGCUGUAGAGGGGACUUGAUUUAUACCCCCUUUUUACAUGAGUCAGGGCAGAAAGCAAGAAUAUGGAAAUUGAGAGACAGACAGGGCAAGACUGGUGCACAGACAGGUAUACAGGUGCAUACAGAUUCCCUUUCGGUGCCCUCUGCAGAUAGACAGGCACACAGGUAGACAGACACAAAUGAGAAAAGAGACUGAAGGAUCCAUUUUCAUCUCUGCAAGACCAAGAUGGCCUCCUGUCUCAGCUAGUCCCUUUCACUGAGUGGUCAGGUGUUAAAGAAACAGGUAAAGAAACAAGAUGAGGCAUCAUGUGCCAUAGUUGUUUUUAUAUUUGUACAGUUUUGUGCUGUAAAUAAUUAUGGGCCAAAUCACUCUUGGAAGAGGCACUUGGAAAGCAACUUCUUUCUCAGUUUGUCCCAAUCAAGGGGUCAGUUUUUCCAGUAAUCACUAAGGACUUUUAUAUGUUAUUUAUUUUGAAUGGACUAUUGAACUUUUAUUAAAAAUGACAUUUUUCCA